GGAGGGAGAGAAUAUCGAAGGCAAAAAAGUGAGAUAUCUUUAAAGUGAGCAACGAACACACAAACGAACACACGAAGAGAAAGAGAGAAAAAAAAAGAAAGAAAGAAAGAAAGAAAGAAAGAAAAUGAAAGAGAGAGAGAGAGACAAAGAAAAAAUAUUAGAGAAAAAUUGAAAUAAGAAAAAAAAGUCAAUAUUUGAAAACUGUGACCUUUCUCUCGUGUGACCUUGAAAUAUUGACCUCGUGUGACCUCGUGUGAUCUUGAAUUCCUGACCUUGAAAUUUUUGACCUCGUGUGACCUUGAAUUCCUGACCUUGACCUUUUUUUACCUCGUGUGACCUUGAAUUCCUGACCUUGACCUCGUGUGACCUUAAAUUCUUGACCUUGACCUUUUUUGACCUCGUGUGACCUUGAAUUCCUGACCCUGACCUUUUUUGACCUCGUGUGGCCUUGAAUUCCUGACCUUGACCUCGUGUAACUGAGCAACUCCUGAGCUUGACCUUAUUUGACCUUGUUUGACCUUAACCUUGUUACCUUGACCUUAUUUAACCUUCAUCCCUGACCUUAACCUCAUUUGACCUCGUGUGACCUUGAAUUAUUUUGACCUUGUGUGACCUUGACCUUAACUUGACUUUCUGACCUUGACCUGACCUUAACUUGACUUUCUGACCUUGACCUGACCUUAACCUUGUGACCCUGACCUUUCUUUACCUUUCUUGACCUUCUGACCUUGAAUUUGUGACCUUGACUUUGUGACCUUGACCUUUCUUGACAUCGUGACCUUGACCUUUUGACCUCGCAAUGUUCAUCCACCGAGGCGAGAGUUUUGGCAGCACCGGAUCGGCAGGGUCAGCAGGGAAGCGAAGGUCAAAAAUCCCAGACAUCAUCAUCAGGGAGGACGCAACACACUAUUCCCCUCUGCCAUGCAUCCAAGUCACGCAGGUAGUGGAUCAAGAUGACGAGGAGGGGGUUAGCUUGGGCGGUCCAUCCCCUGCCGCCCAGACCCCUGCCGCGCCCCGCCCACGGUCCCCCUCGUCCCCUGCCGCCCUUAGAGCACCUGGUAGGGGAUCCAGAAGAGUGUCCUUAAUCCCUGGUGAGGCGCUGGAGGAUGCCCAAACAUCAAUGGCUCUUGCUACGUUGCUACAGGCGCAGGAGGCGGGGCAGGAGGUGUCAGGGGUGGGGAUAGGCGUCCCCUGCCAGCCCCUACACCCUGCAGUCCCCACCAGCCUCCCCCUGCCGCUACAGUGCCCCUCAAAGCCCAGGGUUAUGAAGGCGAAGACCACGGAUGAGGUUGAGGCAGGGAGUGGUGAUGUGGACAAUGCUACAGCUAAUUCUUCGCCUGUAAGGAUGAAGUCAAACCAACGAUGGCUGAAGCUACGAACAACAGUCCAGCUCUCCGGCGCGCUGUCAUCCUCUAUCAACAAGCCAAAGCCGCCGUUGAAGAGAGAAGAUUCUUUCAUCAAGCGCUUCUCGACCCGCCAGAUAGCCGAAAUACAGGACACCGUUGACCAGACAGAUGAGGAGGAUAUAAGCAAGACUUCAACAGGCUCGCCAAAAUUCCGGAAGAAGAAGAAGAAAAGGCAACCACGCACAGUGAUUAACCCCUAUGGCAAUGUCUACUUCUACUGGCUGUGUUCCCUCACCAUAUGUGUCCUCUAUAACCUGUGGACACCGAUAGUCAGACAGGCAUUUCCAGAGCUACAGACCUCGCCCCAGCCUCUAUGGUUCCUGCUGGACGGGCUGACGGACAUAAUCUUCGUGGUGGACAUCCUAGUACAGUUCCGGACGGGGUAUCUAGAGCAAGGUUUGAUAGUGUAUGACUUCAAGAAGCUGGCCAGGCACUACAUGCAGUCUAGAAGCUUCCUGUUGGACCUGGUGUCUCUGUUGCCUCUGGAUGUCCUACAGCUGCUGAUCGGCACACAUCCCAUCAUACGGUUUCCUCGGUUCGUGAAGGUGUACCGUGUAUAUAACUACUACUACAUGGUGGAGUCGAGAACGUUGUACCCUAACAUGUGGCGCGUUGUUAACUUGAUCCACAUACUGCUGCUACUGGCCCACUGGUUCGGCUGCUUCUACUACAUGCUCUCUGAGGCCGAGCACUUCAGAGGGGACUGGACCUACCCCUACCAUCACGACUCGGCCUUCAAAACACUGUCCCGGAAGUACCUUGGGUCAGUGUACUGGUCCACCCUGACCCUAACUACCAUAGGAGACCUGCCCACGCCAGAGACCAACAAGCAGUAUGUCUUCACUAUUGUUAGCUACCUGAUCGGCGUCUUCAUCUUCGCUACUAUUGUUGGUCAAGUUGGGAACGUCAUUACUAACAGGAAUGCAAACAGACUGGAAUUUGAAAGACUAUUGGACGGUGCGAAGCUGUACAUGAGACACCAUAAGGUACCCCGGGCCAUGCAGAGGAGGGUACAGCGAUGGUACGACUAUUCCUGGUCAAGGGGUCGUAUCCAGGGAGGGGGCGACAUCAACACAGCUUUGGGACUUCUGCCAGACAAGCUGAGAACAGAACUCGCUCUUCACGUCAACCUUUUAACACUGAAGAAGGUCAGCAUCUUCAAGGAGUGUCAGCCGGAGUUCCUUCACGACUUAGUGCUGAAGAUGAAGGCUUACAUCUUCACCCCGGGAGAUCUCAUCUGUAGGAAGGGGGAAGUGGCUAGAGAGAUGUUCAUUAUAGCUGACGGCAUCUUGGAGGUCAUCAGCGAGACAGGAAAAGUUCUCACGACAAUGAAGGCUGGCGAUUUUUUUGGCGAAAUUGGAAUUCUGAACUUGGACGGAUUGAACAAACGGACAGCUGAUGUGAGGUCUGUGGGUUACUCAGAACUCUUCAGCCUGUCACGAGAAGACGUGCUGAUGGCCAUGAAGGAUUAUCCAGAAGCACAGGAAAUCCUUCAAAGUUUGGGACGAAAGAGAUUAAUGGAGGCAAGACACACGACCUCUAAAUCCGGUUCCUCUGGGUCAAGUAAGCGUGGAUCCCCUUCCCCAAACAGAGAAGGAGGAUCAGAUGACAAGAAUGCUAAGAAGAUCGUCAGCAGGCUACGCUCAGAUGUCUCAGCCAUCCGGAACGCCUUCAGGAGGAGCAAGGGCGCUACCAGGUAUAUGGAGACACUUGAACAAGACUACACUCUCAGAAAAAUGGAAGCGGACACUCUGGAGAUGGACGCCCUUGACGCUCGCUCCAGCACAGAAGAUGACACUCCGGCGGUCAAGAAAAUCCUUAAGGAUCCUAAGCGGAGAUCCCACAGAAGGGGUACCAAACGUGUGGCAUUCAGGCGUAUAAGCGGGCGAAGUGGUAGCGAUUCAGGGAGUGGCCAGCGCGGCGUCCUUAUUAGAAUGGCGAGAGUUACCAGCGACGAGAUGAAUCGAACCAGUCCAGGGCGCGUCCCUUCUGGAGAUGACACUACUGCAGGAGGAGGAGGAGGAGGAGGAGGAGGAGGAGGAGUGUUAGGUGCAGGUCUUCCUCUUCUGCAGCGGUUGAAGUUGUUGAAAGAGAAAGAGGAGAAGGAGGAGAAGGAAAGACAGAGGAUAGAGGAGGAGAGGAAGAAGGAAGAGGAGGUGAAGAAGGAGGAGGAGGAGGAGAAGGAGCCGGAGGUGAUAGGCGCUGGGUUACCGCUAUUCGCGAGACUCAAACUCCUGAAGGCGAAGGAGGAGAAAGAGAGGCUGGAGAGAGAGGAGAAAGAAAAACAACAACAACAACAACAAAACAACCAAGGAGAGACGCCACCACCACCACCACCUUCCACAACACCCAAACCACCCCCUGCAACCACCACGACCCCUGCAACCACCACAGAGACACCACCAAAGGCACUCACAGCAACACCACGAUCAGGAGGACUGUUUAAAAAUAGAUUGAGAGCAGCCAUUCUGUCUGACGCCCCUCCUGGUGGUGGUGGUGGUGCUGGUGGUGUUCCCUCACGCCCCACGGCACCAAAAGACACCACAGGGGAUAAGGAUGAGGCCAAACCCGCUAAAACACCCCCUGGGGACGUUGCAAAAGGCUCAACUACUGGGGAAUCUUCAACUAACACCAUUCAGUCCUCUCCUUUAGACAGAGCUCUUGGGAAACUGCUUAAAAAACCAGCUGUUACUGCUACUGCUGCUGCUGCUACUGCUGUUACUACUGCUGUUACUACUGCUGCUACUAACAACAACAACAACGACAGCAAAGAUAAGAUAGCCCGUAGUGACAGCUUUAAGAGGGCAAUGGCUGAAGGCAGAAUUAGUAGCACAGAUGAACACCAUAUUAAUAGGAAUAUUCUGGCGCCGCCUGUUCUUAAAUCUAUGAAGGAGGAUGAAGGAGGGGGCGCAGAGACCCCUACACACCCCCUCAUGGUCACGCCACCCCACGCUACCCCCGGCAAGGUCACCCGGAGGAGCAGUGACCCCGGAGCAGCUGGGGAGGGAAAGAUUGCAAAAGCCAGGAGAGGUUCCGCUGGGAGGGAAUCUGAGACACCGACUGUUUUACUGACUCAGCCCACAGGAGCGUCCCUAGACAGACCCCUGCGGAAAGUGGACUCCUUGAAGGUCCCCACUGAAGAUGUGUCCCCUCCCUUAAGCUCUCCGGAAAGCUAUGAGACGCCCGAGCGUAAGACUUUGAAAAGCAUAUUGAAAAGGAUGUCUCGCGAGGACUCCCGUGGAAACCUCUUGCCUCCUGACAGCGCUGACUUGAGGCGCCUUAUGACUGCUCCGACUGUUGAAGGGUUCGUGGCUAGACGAUCGAAGCUUUCCAAAUCGGUAUCUUUCCAGCGUAAGACCCUAUCCUCACCACCACCCCCCGCGUUUCAAGAUGGUCGUACUACUACUACUACUACGACUAUCGAGCCCCUUCUAGCUACGACCACCACGACUACGACAGCUAUAGCCAUUCCUGACGACCAAACAGUGGCAUCGCAGCUAACGGCGACCACAGCAUUAACCACAGCGACUAUUACCACGACGACCACAGCCACGACCACGGAUGGAGUGAACAAGCUCAUUUUGAAGCUCAGCGCUAUAGGACUUGAUGGGGCGCAGGAUAACCAGGCGCAGGAUCUCUUAGUGGGCGUCAGAAAGAUCCUGCGCGACAAAAUGGAGGACGUGGAGGUGGCCUGGGUGUCUCGUGUUAAAGAACUCCAACAAGAAUUAGAAGCGAGAGACGCCACAAUAAAGCAGCUCACCCACACCAUAUCCUUACUGCAGUCCGGGGGCGAGGGAGGUCAGGUCACAGAGAGAGAGGGACACGUGAGUUUAACCAGGAUUCAGACAAUUGUGAGGUCUUCGUCAGAUACCAGCUCUGAAGGAGGGUAUGACGAAGAUGAACCGCUCUUUAUGAGAUGCAAUUCUAUAGAGUCCAUCAUACACCAAUCUCCGGGCGGGUCACCAGGAGGGCGCCACCCACAGGUCACCAGCAGACACUCCUGGUCCCAUCAGGUGACGGUGGAACAGCAGCAGCAGCAGCAGACAAGACAGGCCAGGGCGGUGCGGUCACUGGAAGAGCCACGAGGCGGAAGAGGAGGCGAGGUACGUGUGCAUGUCGGCUCUUCCACUGAUGACGACGUUUGCUCCUUCUCCUCCGAGGACGACCACGCUGGGCUAGACUGCUCAGCUCUGGAGGACGACCUUGAUGAAUCCCUCUCGGACGACCUCUUCAAUAUGGACGAUGACGACGAGGAGGAGGAGGAAGGGGACGAAGAGAGAGAAGGAGGCGGAGAGCUUAGUUCACAAGAUUGGGAGGUUCAGCUUCUUGCCAGGAAGUUAGCGGAGGACCAGCGAGGGUUUGCGAGGCGUGUGGACCGGGACAUCGCAGAGGGACGACUGAAGAGCACACUGGUGGACCUACACGAGGCUCUGGCCACUGACAACCUCGGGCCACUCACGGAAAGCGAUCUCCUGCGCUUAGAGAAGGUGGUCCUGAGAGAGAGAGAGAAACUAAGGCGUUACGCUAGUUUAUAUAGCUUAGAGGACCGGCCCUUACUUGAGGAUCAAUUCUCGUCUCUGUACCGCAGCAGGUCACAGCUACUUCUCAGCCGUAGCUCGGAACUGUGCCGCGCUGGCCCAAUCCAAAGGCGACUGUCCCAACUCCUCACACAGCUGGCCAGGAUGCCGCCAGCCGAGCAGUUUCUUCUGGAUAGACUGGUGUACACAACGGACCGGCGGAGGAGGCUAUCCAGACAGAGAUCCUUAUGUGACGAUCAGCUUACCUCCUUCGACGCCUCCUCCAGGGCAUCCCUCAGGCGUCCCCCGAGGUCCCUAGCCACGAGGAGGUCCAAGAGUGUUUGUUCACCGCCCCCACCCACCCCCCCGGCCCCCGCAGAGAAGGAGAAGGAGGAGGGAGGCAGUGGGCAGUCUUCAGUAUCCGCUAUGCUCGCGUCGUUACACAGAUCCGUUGCAGCGAUUCGUGGGCGGACGUCAGGGGUCAGCAGGGGUUCGUUAAAGGAGGGGGCGCCGCUCCUAAGACCCUCUAGGUAACGACCCCCCACCCACGACCCCUCCACGACCCCAAAUGCUCCUAAACACAGCGCAUCAAUAAUAUUUCGUUUCAUGUUAGUAUUUUAGACGUCUCGCUCCAUUUAAUGCUCCAAACAUGCUCCAACGCACUCCAAACACACGCAAACGCACUCCAAACACACUCAAACGCACCCAAAUACACCCAAACCACACUCUAACACACUCAUUCGCAUUCUAAAUCCACCCAAACACACUCCUAUACACCCAAACACACUUAAAUAUACUCCAAACACACUUAAAUAUACUCCAAACACACUCAAACACACUCUAAUAUAAUCAAACACACACUAAUAC